AUGGAAUCUAGAGAUUACACACAGGAUGGCACCGUCGAUCUCCGAGGGCAGCCUGUCCUCACCGCUAAAACCGGCAAAUGGAAGGCUUGUGCUUUCCUUGUUGGGUAUGAAGCAUUUGAAAGAAUGGCCUUCUAUGGAAUAGCAUCAAAUUUAGUGGUUUACUUGACAACCCAACUUCAUGAAGACACGGUUUUAUCAGUUACAAAUGUUAAUAACUGGUCAGGAUCAGUCUGGAUUACUCCGAUAAUCGGUGCUUACGUUGCGGAUUCGUAUUUAGGCCGGUUCUGGACAUUUACAGUUUCAUCUUUAGUCUAUGUCAUUGGCAUGGUGCUUUUGACGAUGGCAGUUUCGGUUAAAUUCUUGAAGCCAACAUGUGCAAAUGGAGCGUGCAAUAAGGCAACACGUUCUCAAAUCGCGUUUUUCUACACAUCGCUCUACAUAAUAGCAGUAGGCGCGGGCGGAACAAAGCCGAAUAUAUCCACCUUUGGUGCAGACCAAUUCGACGAUUUCAAUCCAGAUGAGAAAAAACUCAAAGUCUCUUUCUUCAAUUGGUGGAUGUUCAGUUCCUUCACGGGUGCAUUAUUUGCUACACUUGGCCUUGUUUAUAUUCAAGAAAACUUAGGCUGGGGAUUGGGAUAUGGAAUCCCAACAGUGGGACUUAUUGUAUCUCUUGUCAUUUUCUACAUUGGCGCUCCAAUGUAUAGGCACAAAGCAAGGAGGACAGGACACCCCGCCAGUGACCUAUAUCGGGUUAUUGUCGAUGCAUAUGCUAAUAGGAAGCUUGUUCUCCCUAGCCAUUCAUCAGAGCUUCAUGAGUUUGAUCAACAGUAUUACAUCUCUACUGGAAAACGACGAAUCUACCACACUACAGUAUUCAGGUUCUUGGACAAGGCUGCAAUUAAGCAAGAGGGAAAAGAUAGUGAGCUAAGGGCACUGUGCACUGUGACUCAAGUUGAAGAAGCCAAGCUGAUUCUAGGAAUGACAGCGAUAUGGCUUGUAACCCUAAUCCCUAGCACCAUUUGGGCACAAAUCUACACUCUCUUUGUUAAACAAGGCAUCACUUUGAACAGGCAUUUUGGUCCAAACUUCCAAAUACCAGCAGCAUCACUUGGGAGUUUCGUCACGCUCUCAAUGCUCGUGUCUGUUCCCAUAUAUGAUCGUUAUUUCGUGCCUUUAAUGCGAAAGAAGACUGGAAACCCUCGAGGAAUCACGCUUUUGCAACGACUUGGGAUCGGGUUUGUGAUUCAAAUUCUUGCCAUUGCAAUUUCGUACGGCGUUGAAGUGAAGCGCAUACAUGUUAUUAAAGUGCACCAAAUCCAACGGCCUGAGCAAAUAGUUCCCAUGAGCAUAUUCUAUUUACUUCCUCAGUAUGUUUUGUUAGGGAUUGCUGAUGUGUUUAAUGCUAUUGGAAUGCUGGAAUUCUUCUAUGAUCAGUCUCCAGAAGACAUGCAAAGUCUCGGGACGACGUUUUUUACAAGUGGGAUUGGUGUGGGGAACUUCUUGAAUAGCUUCCUGGUGACUAUGGUGGAUAAAACUACAGGGAGGAACGGAGGGAAAAGUUGGAUUGGGAAAAAUGUGAAUGAUUCUCAUUUGGAUUAUUACUAUGGAUUCCUUCUGAUAUUAUCUGUCCUGAAUUUGUUGGCCUUUUUUGGAGCAUCAAAGAUGUAUAUUUACAAAAGGGAAGCAGUGGAAAUAGAAGAGAAGUUUGUGCAAAUGGAGGACAAACCCUUAGGCUUAUCUCCAUUACAAGCUUGA